ACGCGACACGCCACAGAGACGCCCCCAAAUAUUCAGCGGAAUGGGCGGGCCCGGGAAAUGACCAGCACCGAAGUCACGUGGCGAAGCUCCUCUUGAAUUUCGCCAAGUCGGCAGUCGACUAUUCGGGCUUGCACGCGCCUCAGGCGGGCUCCGCUGAGAUCGAGUCUUUCGGCGCUCGACUCGCCCGCGCUGCUGCCGCUGCCGAAGGAGGGGCAAAGCUGAAGAUGGCGGACAAAACGCCAGGCGGCUCUCAGAAGGCCAGUUCAAAGACCAGAUCAUCAGAUGUUCAUUCAUCUGGAUCUUCAGAUGCCCAUAUGGAUGCAUCUGGACCCUCAGAUAGUGAUAUGCCAAGUCGGACACGACCUAAGAGCCCAAGAAAGCAUAAUUAUAGGAAUGAAAGUACCCGUGAAAACGUUUGUGACUCUCCUCAUCAGAAUCUCUCAAGACCUCUUCUAGAAAACAAACUUAAAGCAUUCAGUAUUGGAAAAAUGAGUACAGCUAAGCGAACUUUAAGUAAGAAGGAGCAAGAAGAAUUAAAGAAGAAGGAGGAUGAAAAGGCGGCUGCUGAAAUUUAUGAGGAAUUUCUUGCUGCCUUUGAAGGAAGUGAUGGUAAUAAAGUGAAAACGUUUGUGCGCGGAGGUGUUGUUAAUGCAGCUAAAGAAGAACAUGAAACAGAUGAAAAAAGAGGUAAAAUCUAUAAGCCAUCUUCAAGAUUUGCAGAUCAAAAAAAUCCUCCAAAUCAGUCAUCCAAUGAAAGACCACCAUCUCUUCUUGUGAUAGAAACCAAAAAACCUCCACUGAAGAAAGGCGAGAAAGAAAAGAAAAAAAGCAAUUUGGAACUCUUCAAAGAAGAAUUGAAACAAAUUCAAGAAGAGCGUGAUGAGAGACAUAAAACAAAAGGCAGAUUAAGUCGAUUUGAGCCGCCUCAGUCAGAUUCUGAUGGUCAGCGUCGUUCUAUGGAUGCUCCUUCAAGAAGAAAUAGAUCAUCUGGUGUUCUCGAUGAUUAUGCACCUGGCUCACAUGAUGUUGGAGAUCCAAGCACUACUAAUUUAUACCUUGGAAACAUUAAUCCACAGAUGAAUGAAGAAAUGUUGUGCCAGGAGUUUGGAAGAUUUGGGCCCCUGGCCAGCGUGAAAAUUAUGUGGCCCAGAACUGAUGAAGAAAGGGCAAGAGAGAGAAAUUGUGGCUUUGUGGCCUUUAUGAACAGAAGAGAUGCUGAAAGAGCUUUAAAAAACUUAAAUGGAAAGAUGAUUAUGUCUUUUGAAAUGAAGUUAGGUUGGGGUAAAGCUGUGCCUAUUCCUCCACAUCCAAUAUACAUUCCGCCUUCCAUGAUGGAACAUACGCUUCCCCCACCUCCGUCAGGACUGCCUUUUAAUGCGCAGCCUAGAGAGCGAUUAAAAAACCCCAAUGCUCCCAUGUUACCACCACCUAAAAACAAGGAGGAUUUUGAGAAGACUCUGUCGCAAGCCAUAGUCAAAGUGGUUAUCCCAACAGAAAGGAAUUUGCUCGCCCUGAUACAUCGAAUGAUAGAGUUUGUUGUACGUGAAGGGCCAAUGUUUGAAGCUAUGAUUAUGAACAGAGAGAUCAACAAUCCUAUGUUCAGAUUCUUAUUUGAAAACCAGACACCAGCCCAUGUUUACUAUAGGUGGAAGCUUUAUUCUAUUCUGCAGGGAGAUUCUCCGACUAAGUGGCGGACGGAAGAUUUUCGUAUGUUCAAAAACGGAUCUUUUUGGAGGCCACCACCGUUAAAUCCAUAUCUGCAUGGGAUGUCAGAAGAGCAGGAAACAGAAGCUUUUGUAGAGGAGCCUAGUAAAAAGGGAGCACUUAAGGAAGAACAGAGGGACAAAUUAGAAGAAAUUCUGCGGGGGUUAACUCCAAGGAAAAAUGAUAUUGGAGAUGCAAUGGUUUUCUGUCUUAAUAAUGCUGAAGCUGCUGAAGAAAUAGUGGAUUGCAUUACCGAGUCAUUGUCCAUCUUAAAGACACCCCUCCCCAAAAAGAUUGCCAGAUUAUAUUUGGUUUCUGAUGUUUUGUACAACUCUUCAGCCAAAGUUGCCAAUGCUUCCUAUUAUAGAAAAUUUUUUGAAACAAAGUUGUGUCAGAUAUUUUCAGACCUCAAUGCUACCUAUCGUACAAUUCAAGGCCAUUUACAGUCUGAAAACUUUAAGCAACGGGUAAUGACCUGCUUUAGAGCAUGGGAAGAUUGGGCAAUUUAUCCAGAACCAUUUUUGAUCAAACUACAAAAUAUUUUCUUAGGACUUGUAAAUAUUAUUGAAGAAAAGGAGACAGAGGAUGUACCAGAUGACCUUGAUGGUGCCCCCAUUGAGGAAGAGCUUGAUGGUGCACCUCUAGAAGAUGUGGAUGGAAUUCCUAUUGAUGCUACUCCCAUUGAUGACCUUGAUGGAGUCCCUAUAAAGAGCCUUGAUGAUGAUCUUGAUGGAGUGCCUUUGGAUGCGACUGAAGACUCAAAGAAGAAUGAGCCUAUAUUUAAGGUUGCCCCAUCAAAAUGGGAAGCUGUAGAUGAAUCUGAAUUGGAAGCACAGGCUGUAACAACUUCUAAAUGGGAGUUAUUUGACCAGCAUGAAGAAUCAGAAGAAGAAGAAAAUCAAAAUCAAGAAGAAGAAAGUGAAGAUGAAGAAGAUACUCAAAGUUCCAAAUCUGAAGAACAUCAUUUGUACUCUAAUCCAAUCAAAGAAGAAAUGACUGAGUCCAAGUUCUCUAAGUACUCUGAAAUGAGUGAGGAAAAACGAGCUAAACUCCGUGAAAUUGAGCUCAAAGUUAUGAAGUUUCAAGAUGAAUUGGAAUCUGGAAAAAGACCUAAAAAACCAGGCCAGAGCUUUCAGGAACAAGUAGAACACUACAGAGAUAAACUUCUUCAACGAGAGAAAGAGAAAGAAUUAGAAAGAGAACGAGAAAGAGAUAAGAAGGAUAAAGAAAAAUUGGAAUCUCGAUCCAAAGACAAGAAGGAAAAGGAUGAGUGUACUCCAACAAGGAAAGAAAGGAAAAGGCGACACAGUACGUCCCCUAGCCCAUCUCGCAGUAGCAGUGGUAGACGAGUGAAAUCCCCAUCACCAAAAUCGGAGCGAUCAGAGCGUUCAGAAAGAUCUCAUAAAGAGAGCUCACGGUCCAGGUCAUCUCACAAAGAUUCUCCUAGAGAUGUUAGCAAAAAGGCCAAAAGAUCUCCAUCUGGUUCAAGGACACCUAAAAGGUCUAGACGAUCACGGUCUAGAUCCCCUAAAAAAUCAGGGAAGAAAUCCAGAUCCCAGUCCCGAUCUCCACACAGGUCUCAUAAAAAGUCAAAGAAAAACAAACACUGACAUAAAUUUUUAAGAUGCUGUCACUUAUUGGAAAUGCGAUUUUGUUUUGUGCCUGAACGGUCUGUUUUUUAAAAAAAAAACAAAAAAACAAAAAAUCUAAUGAAAGAGCAUUCCUGGGGUUUUUCUUUGUUUGUGAAUGCAUGUGUAAACUCAUAAGUAACUGCAUCUGUAGACCUGUCGUUGUUUUAUAUUGUAUAAAUUACUUUCAUUGUGGCUGUUUCUCAAGAUGAGAUUUUUAUUGUGCUAAUGAACUUCAUCAAAAAUGUGUAUAAUGGAUCUGCUGGCAGUAGUAAUAUUUUGUUUUAGGUUGUUGUGACUUAGCAAAAAAUAAUACAGAUGUCUUCCCCCCUUUUGUAGCUUUGACAAUUUGAAUUAGAUUUCAAAUAAAAUCUGAACAGAAAACUAUAACGUUGUUUUUUUGCCCUAUCGAUGACAUCAAGUCCCUUAAAGUCCUACUUAAGUGAGUUUAGCACUUCUGCUGUGUUUCUUAUACCUAAUGCACUUUACAAGCUCCAUUGUUCAGGUAGCUAAAGUUUUAUAUUUACUAAGAUGACUGUCAAAAUUUAGGGACCUGAGACUCACAUUUGGUAGGUUUGCCAACCAGUUUCUUUGGUAAGGUUCCCUUAAGUAAUACUAGUACCCAGAGAUCAAAAGACUAGGCAAAUGUGGUGUAGUCUUUUGUUAAUGCAAUGCCUGGAUAGAAUAUUUUUUUCUUUUUUCAGAGAAGCAAUAUGGUUUCAAUAGACUUAACCUGUGUCCUGAGCAACUACUUAUUUUCAGGGAAAAAUUAAAUUUCCAUCUUUCGAUUUCAUCUUCUCUCAUUAGAAAAGUUUACUUAAAAGUUUUCUAAUAAUAGUUGGCCAUAGAAUUUUUUUUUGAAGGUUACCCUUUUACAGCCCUCUGUAGGCUGUCUUUCAAACACUGGUAUCAGAAUAUUUCUACAAGGUUCAGUGUAAAGCACCUUUGUUGGGUUUUUUUGGUUUGUUUUUAAAGAAUUUAGUUUUAGGUUUAGCUUUAAGUAAAAUUUAAAAAUAAAAUAAUUUUCAGGAAACUUAACAUCCAAUGGUUUGUAAAUUAAAGGUGCAAAAAGUUGAUUUAAACCAUUUGCAGAGUUGAAAUCUGUAAUACAGUGGUAAUAAAUUGCAGUAUGAGGAGGAAAUAAGAAAACUUGUGUAAUGUUGAAUAUAAUAUUGCUAUAAUGUAAUAAAGGGUUAUGUAGACUUGAACUGACACUACUACUAUUUGUGAAUCUUGCUUUCAGUUUUUCAUUUAGGCACUUUAUACAAUGGUUGAUGUUUUUUUCCCCCUCUUAAUAGAGUAGAAAACUGUUCUAAUAAUGGAUUGUUUUGAGUUAGCUUGUUUUUUUAAAAAUACCUUUUCAAGUUGUUUUACUUAGUCUUGCCUAGUCACAAAAUAAAAAAGCUGUACUCAUGAUUUGAGGAGUAGGAAUAUCAGCUGAGCAGUGAGGCAUGUUAUUGCCAAACUGGGCAGACCUACAAUAGCUGUAGAAAUGAGCCAAUCAGAUUAUUUUACUUAGUGGUUCUUAUCAACAUGCAAUAUUGCUUGAAAGUUAUUCCCUUAUCAUGCACUCUUUUGUUUGUCCGUAUUGUUAGGGUGUUAAUUACUAAAUGUUGCUCAGAAUAAUUAAACAUGAACAUUUGGUGCUGGUUUUUAAAAACCUACAAAUAUAACCAUUUUUAAAGAGCAUGUUUUUCUCCCCUGUUCAUUGCCUGGGAGAAUGGAAUUUUAUAUAAUUACCUUUCUUUGCAGAAAUAACAAUGUUGAGUUGCUGGUGAUUGUGGGCACUCUGUCAUUCAUUGGUAUCUAGUAUAGGCUUAGAAAUGAUAAGUCAGGAAAUGAUUUUGCCAGUCAAGUUGCAAGGAGUACUUCUUUUUCUCUCUUUAAAAAAAUAUCCUGGAGAAGCAGGAGUGUGUAGAAAUUGUUAGGUCAGUUUCGGGUGCUUAUAUUUAGUAUUUUUUCUACUGCAGUGGGACAUAGCAGUUCUUUUAAUCUGCGUCCAGAUAUAACGAACAUCGUUUAUCUUAGAGUGGGUGAGACUGGCUUCCUUUUGGGUGAUGGGUGGGGAUUGUGUAGGCUUGGUAGAAUAUGUAUUCUGUGAAGUUUGCUAAUGUUCGUAUUAGAUUGUAUUGGAUUUUUUUCCCCUGGAAUUGCAAAUGGUAUUGUUAGAUAGGUUAUUUCCAACUUAAUGAGAAAAUAUCCAGAGUAAGUGUGUUUAAUUCUCCAUGGAUUCUGUGAAAGCUUAACGGUCAGAAAUUGGUGAUUGUAAGGGAGGAGAUAUUCUCUACCAUAUUUUUAAAAUAGCAUGUUAUUCCUGUUUCCUGUCUAAAGAACACUUAAUUAGAUAGCAAAACUUCUACAGGUUGACUAAAAUGUUUGUAGGUGUGGCCAUCCAGUUAUAGGAAAUACCCUGUUUCAGCUCUGUGAUAGACAGUUAUCCUCCACCACAGCUACAUGUAGGAGGAAAUCCUCUGAUGGCUACUCUUUUUAUAAAGGGCGUGGCUUAAACCCUUCACUCUCUUAACAUGCACAGGGAUUCCUUACCAGGUUAAUACCACUUAAUCUCUCAUUCUUUGACAGGUGAGAGAAAGUAAAUCAUGUUUGUGAAUCUUUUCUUUGACUUUGUAUUUCCUUAUUACUGUUAAUAAGCUUAUGGGCACUUCUGGACUGCAACAUGUUGAGAAGUUAGAGACUAAAGAACUAAAACAAAAAGCCCUGACCCAAAAGAUCACUUUUAUUUGGCUCAGAGUGUUCUUGGCAUUUCUGCUAAAGUUUGCAGAAAGUACUAUACACUGACCUAGUUUUUCUUUAUUGCAGACCAUUCCUGAGACUUUUAUCCCAAUUAAAGGAUCUUAGAGGGAGGAAAUACUUGCUUAUGACUUUCACAUUUUUUCCCACAAACUUUAAUAUUCUUGAGCACUUGAAAAUAUUUUAAAGAAAUUCUAAUCGUGAGCUAAUACAGUUUAUUAGAAAUAUUCUGCUCAUAUUUGCCUCCAUUGUGGUAUAAGUUCUGAAAAAAUUACAUGGACAUGAUAAUAGUAUAUGAUUAUUAAAAAUGACAUGAAAUAAGUAUUGUCCAAGUGACUUAACCUGUUCUGAUGACCACAACAGUGUGAUUUCUUUAGCAGAGAAAGUUGUUUUUAAAAAUAAAUAGUACCACUUUUCUAAGAAAAUAAGAGCUUCUUUUUGCUUUGUUGUUUUCCUCUUCUAUUAUAUAUUAAUGGAAAAGCUACAGAAAAUUCAGUGCAGGUACUAAUGAAGACACUAGUGUAAGUUUAAAGGAACAUAUGACUGUAAAAACUCAUGAAGUGCUUGGUUUCUUCAUAUUCCACAUGCAUGUUUUAGAAUAGAUUUUAGGGAGUAUUUAAUUCAUUUUCCUUUUGGCAUUUUUCUUUAUUUUGUUAUCAACUUCCCAGGACUUAGAUGAUACACAAAUACAGAUCCCAGGGGAUGUGUUGUGUGAUGCUGGACUAGAAGGUGGGAAUGCGCUGCUGUCCAGAGUGAGCCAUGUUCCAGUGUUGAAAAUUCAAUGCCUCAGUGUUUAUUCAGUACCACCUCAUGGAGCGUCAGUGUACACGGAUUAUAUGUAUAAUUGGUUAUUUAUAUAGUUUUGUAGAUCUGUAGAUAAAUGCCCUCAUUCAUUUUUAUAUGUAAUUGUGCUUGGAGUAUUUUUGUGUUUUAUUCUUUGACUUCAACAGGGUCUUGUACGUUAUAUCUUUGGUGAUUUGAAAUAUCAGGAAAGACAAAUUUUCAGAAAUGAGAAUAAUACAGUUGAAAUCAGCUUAGCUGAAAUAUUCUAUAGCAAGACAAUUUCUUUUGGGUGAACUGAUUCCAUAAUUAAUUACUCUUGAUGUAAGGAUUCAGUUUAUUGUGGAGUUGCUUUCCAGACUGUCACUUUAUAGUUUUUCUACAUAAAGAUUAUAUAGUUGCAAACAAAGGUUGUGGAAUUUCCUUUUUGUUGUUUUUUGACUUUUAAUUACUUUAAUAAAAUACGUUGUUUUCAUAGCAAA